GAAAUGGACCCCAGAAACAACCAGUUCGAGCCAUGGCGAGACUACAUGCGUCUGGCUGACACAGUCCGGGCAAUCCGGGCCGGGCAGACGGCUGAUUGUAGAACUUUUGAUGCCGAGGUCGGUCAUAAGGGGAAAACACCUGAGUUCGGUGAACAGGUGUCCGUCACACCAAACUGGCAACCGCACGGCGACGAACAAGUGGGCAGUAUGAAAACCGCUGAAAAAUACUUUCCAGAUCCGACUUCCAGGCCCUCGUACAGGCUCGAAGCAACAGUGGGGCUGGAGGGGUCAAGAGUGCGAAAGAAAGCGUCUCUCCCCACUGCCCCGGGAAAACCCCCACAGCGUCUGUACUGCUGUUUUUGCAAACACAACGGAGAGUCGGAGGCCGUGUUCACCUCCCACAGUUUGAAGGACCAGGCGGGCGACGUUGUGUGCCCGUACCUGCGGCAGUACGUCUGUCCACUGUGCGGGGCAACUGGGUCUAGCGCCCACACCAAGCGAUUUUGCCCCCAGGUGGACAGCGCCUACACCUCGGUGUACGUCAGGAUGCAACACUGA